AUGGUCAAUAUAAAAGUAGCCGGCAGCAUCGCGUUGCUCUCCGUCGCUGUGAGUGCCAGUGUUCUACCGGUUCGCUCUGUUCAGCAGCUCAAGCGAGACUCCGACACACCUCCUACGGCUCUACCGCAGAACGCAGACGAUGUAGCCCUUUCGUUCCAGCCCGUCCUUGACUACGACACGGACAGCUGCUACAACGUCCCUGCGAUCGAUGCCCAGGGAAACCUCGAUAAGGGCCUCUCGAACACCUACACCACCAACACCGGUGACGGGUGCCGCACCGCUUCGUAUCUGGACAACCAGAACGUGUACUCCCGUACCCGCUGCAACAACGGCUGGUGUGCCUACAUGUACGAGCACUACUUCCAGAAGGACGUCGGCCUCGAGCAUGUGGCCGGUGUCGCCUCGGGUCACCGCUACGAGUGGGAGAACGUGGUCAUUUGGGUCCAGGACGGACAAGACCACCCGAGCUACGUCGCCGUAUCUGAGCACGACGGCUACUCGAUAAGGAGUGCCAGCGACGUCCGCUUCCAAGACCAUCAUGCCAAGGUCAUCUACAACAAGGCUGGUGCUGGCACACACGACUUCCGCUUCGCCAAUGAGGGCGACGACGCGGUUGAGAACGACAAGGGUGUGUGGAUCCAGGGUGCGCUGGUUGGCUUCUGGGGCUACCCUUCGGUGGACCUCCGUGACAAGAUGAUCCAGAACUGGGCCAACAACGGCAUCAAGUGCAAGAUUGAGACGGCCAUCUUCGCCGACUACCUCAAGAAGUCCAUUGGCGACCACGACGUUGGCAGCUUUGAUUUCAACUCGGAUUCUUAG